AUGCAUACUGGUCAGUUCGUAUACUUUGAUGCUGAGGGUACAGUUAUUUCCAACAUUGAGGAGAAGAUUGGUGAUCGUGGUACUUGUGCUACUACUGGUGGUGCUUCUGGUAUUGUUGUUGGACAUUCUGAUGAUGGUAGUAAGACUCGUAUUCGUCUACCAUCUGGUGCCCGUAAGACUGUUAGUAGUCAAUGUCGUGCUAUGAUUGGUAUUAUUGCUGGUGGUGGGCGUCUUGAUAAACCUGUUCUUAAGGCUGGUAAUAACUUCCAUAAGUAUCGUGUUAAGAGGAAUUGCUGGCCUAAGGUUAGAGGUGUUGCUAUGAACCCUGUUGAACAUCCUCAUGGUGGUGGAAACCAUCAGCAUGUUGGUCAUCCUACUACUGUACCUCGUGGUGCUCCUGCUGGUCAGAAGGUUGGUCUUAUUGCUGCCAGAAGAACUGGUCUCCUUAGAGGUGGUAAGGCUCUUAAGUAAGGAAUGAUGAUG